AUGAUCCCCUGGCAGCCCCUGGUCCUGGCACUCCUGGUGCUGGGCAGCUGCUGUGCUGCCCCCCGAUGGCACCAACCCACCGUUGUGGUCUUCCCCAGAGACCUGAGAACCAAUAUCACCGACAGGCAGCUGGCUGAGGAAUACCUCUACCGCUAUGGUUACACUCGUGCGGCUGAGAUGCAAGGGGAGAAGCUAUCUUUGCGUCCCGCGCUGCUGCUUCUCCAGAAGCGCCUGUCUCUGCCCGAGACCGGUGAGCUGGACAGCGCCACCCUGCAGGCAAUGCGUACCCCGCGCUGCGGUGUCCCAGACCUGGGCAACUUCCAAACCUUCGAGGGAGACCUCAAGUGGCACCACCACAACAUCACGUACUGGAUCCAAAACUACUCGGAGGACUUGCCGCGCGACGUGAUCGACGACGCCUUUGCCCGGGCCUUCGCGCUGUGGAGCGCAGUGACGCCUCUCACCUUCACUCGCGUAUACGGCCAGCCCGCCGACAUCGUCAUACAGUUUGGUGUAGCGGAGCACGGAGACGGGUAUCCCUUCGACGGGAAGGACGGGCUCCUGGCCCACGCCUUUCCUCCUGGCCCCGGCAUUCAGGGAGACGCACACUUCGACGAUGAUGAGUUGUGGUCGCUGGGCAAGGGAGUCGUGGUUCCGACCUACUUUGGAAACGCAGAUGGCGCCCCCUGCCACUUCCCCUUCACCUUCGAGGGCCGCUCCUACUCCGCCUGCACCACGGACGGCCGCUCCGAUGGCAUGCUCUGGUGCAGCACCACCGCCAACUAUGAAGCUGACCGCCGGUUCGGCUUCUGCCCCAGCGAGAGUCUCUACACCCAGGACGGCAAUGGGGACGGCAAGCCCUGCAAGUUUCCGUUCAUCUUCGAGGGCCGCUCCUAUUCCGCCUGCACUACCGACGGUCGCUCCGAUGGCUACCGUUGGUGCGCCACCACCGCCGACUACGACCAGGACAAACGCUACGGCUUUUGCCCGACCCGAGCCGACUCCACUGUAACCGGGGGCAAUUCGGCGGGGGAGCUGUGCGUCUUCCCCUUCGUCUUCCUGGGCAAGAAGUACUCGACCUGUACCAGCGAUGGGCGCACAGAUGGGCGCCUGUGGUGCGCCACCACCUCGAACUUCGACAGCGACAGAAAGUGGGGCUUCUGCCCGGACCAAGGAUACAGCCUGUUCCUUGUGGCAGCGCACGAGUUCGGCCACGCGCUGGGCUUAGAUCACACGUCCGUGCCAGAGGCGCUCAUGUAUCCCAUGUACCGCUUCACCGAGGAACCCCCUCUGCAUGAGGACGACGUGAAGGGCAUCCAGCAUCUCUACGGUCCUGGCCCUGAACCUGACCCACGGCCUCCAACCACCACCACCACCACAACUGAACCGCAGCCCACGGCUCCUGCGACGGUCUGUCCCACUGGACCCCCCACCGUCCGCCCCUCAGAGCGCCCCACAGCCGGUCCCACAGGUCCCCCCUCAGCUGGUCCCACAGGUCCCCCCACUGCUGGCCCUUCUGUGGCCCCUACAGGGCCUUUGGAUCCAGCGGAUGAUGCUUGCAACGUGAACAUCUUCGAUGCCAUUGCAGAGAUAGGGAACCGUCUGCAUUUCUUUAAGGAUGGGAGAUACUGGCGACUCUCUGAGAGUAGAGGUCGCCGGCCCCAGGGUCCCUUCCUUAUUGCUGACAUGUGGCCCGCGCUGCCCCCCAAGCUGGACUCUGCCUUUGAGGAGCCGCUCACCAAGAAGAUUUUCUUCUUCUCUGGACGCCAAGUGUGGGUGUACACAGGCACAUCAGUGCUGGGCCCAAGGCGUCUGGACAAGCUGGGCCUGGGUUCGAAUGUGGCCCAAGUCACCGGGGCCCUUCCACACGGCGGGGCUAAGGUGCUGCUGUUCAGCGGGGAGCAAUUCUGGAGGUUCGACGUGAAGACGCAGACAGUAGAUCCCGGGAGCGAGAGCACCGUGGACCAGAUGUUCCCCGGCGUGCCCUUAAACACGCACGACAUCUUCCAGUACCGAGAGAAAGCCUACUUCUGCCAGGGCCGUUUCUUCUGGCGUGUGAGUUUCGAGAAUGAGGUGAUCCAGGUGGAUCAAGUGGGCUAUGUGAGCUAUGACCUCCUACAGUGCCCUGAGGACUAG